AUGAGUAACGCAAUUGACCUAGAAGCCGUCAAGAAGGCUACAAUGGCCGACCUCUCUCGCCUUCGUCAAGAAGAACUUCCUCUGAGCCACGAAGUGAGAUCAGGUCGAGCAACUUAUGACCCAACCCGCAACAAUGGAACUGGCCACUAUUCUGUUGCUACAAAGAUUAAUCUCGAGAAAGUAUGGGGCGCCAAGAUCAACGAUGGAGAGUCCCAAAGUAUGGAAGGCCUUGAGCUCGAAGAUGCACGGCCUUGGGCAAAGGGCCAGAGAAGAGAGAAACUUCCAAACAUCAUCGUUCACAAAGAAGUUCCGGCUAUCCCUGCUUCCCGUAGAGCGCCCUCUUCACGUCAGCUUCGGGGAACUCCCGUUCAGUUCAAACCCACGACACCCGCGAGAUGGGGCCCAGGACCUACGGAGACAGCUCCUCAAACCAAUCGUCAGGAGCCUGCGCCUACUCCUGUUCAUAAGAGCAACUCUACUGCUGCGAAUACUGUUUCUGUCAACGGCACCUCUUGUGCGCCUCUAGUCACAGGAAAGAAGGAUGAGGACGACCAGGAUCUUGUCACAUCGGAGCACUUCUUGUACAAGAGCCAGUGCCAGCUUAUUCCAGGGAAGGCUGAGGCCCUUAGCAUCGCCACACACAUUGCUAUCAAGAUCAUUGCAGAGAGCGAUGGCGUUCUAGAGAUUCGAAACGAUUCUAAGGGCCUUCGAAUCCACGAUGCUCUAGAACUCGAGCAGCCAAUCCAAGACGGCCUCUAUUGCACCAUCAAAGUGAAGACUAGGCCCUUCUCUGAGAAGCUUCGCUUUGCUACAGUUAGCGAUGCACAAGAUUUCAAGAUCAAUCUGAUCAAGCUUCAGAAUGCUCUGCUAGUUCAGCAGAAUCAAGACAUCGAUAAGUCUCAGAUUGAGGAAAGCAAGGCGGAGGACGACGGCGACCUCUUGAUGGCCGCCAGCCCCAUUGCGAGCACGGCGUCCGAUACUUCAAUCCUCGUCUCCAACAGUUCAUCUCAACAGGCGCCCAUCACGGAUCAAGAGCCCCUUAUCAUGGCGGAUGACAAUUGGGGAUCGCCCGCUAACAACAACAUUCCCAGCCUGGGGCAUGAAACCGUACAGUUGAGCCAGUUGUUAAACCAGGUUCUGGAGCAGUUCGCUGCCCUGGGGAACCACUCCGAUGAGAGUAUGAAUGGGAUCGAGUUUGCAAUCCUUGACCAGGCUCUCCGCCACGGUUCCCUGCCUGACCGUGGCGAGCAAGUGCGAGAGGGUCUCCGAGACAUCAUUCGUACCUUGCUCGACAUGCUUUGCAAGCCGGUCUCCCAUGAGUUUGCUUCGGACCUCGGAGGUACCAAGGCAAUCGAAGCCCCUGUCAAUGGCAAUGCUACGGAUCUUGGCGAUGCGACCGCCGAACAGGAGGAGAAUCCGAAGCAGGUGGAGGAUUCAACCAACCGCCCUGUGCUCGGUAUGCCUAAGGGCUUGGGUGCUUCACGUUUUGCCAAAAAGCCGGCGACAUACCAAGGCAAAUUCACUGGCCCGAUCAAGUACUGA